UAACUUUCCCAAAGUCCCCUUACCAACCUAAACUCAACAUGCCUCCUAGAAGACAAAAUCCUACUCGUCAACAAGCUAUUCAAGACGUAGAGAUGGAAGAACUGCAUCAACAAAUUCAAAGGCUUCAAGAAAGACUCGAAGCUUUUGAGGGUCAACAAGCUCAACACCCCUUCAAGAUAAACUACACGAAAAGUGUUCAUCAUCAUCAUCCCCAACAAAAUGCUACUCACAAAUCCACCAACCUUGGCAUCAAAAUCGAUAUUCCAAAUUUUGAAGGUCGCCUUCAACUUAAUGAAUUUAUCGAUUGGUUGCACUUUGUGGCACGUGUGUUUGAACUCAAGGAUAUUCCUGACAACAAGUGUGUGAAGAUCGUCGCCAUCAAAUUGAAGAAACAUGCAUCCAUUUGGUGGGAGAAUCUCCACCACAAUCGAGAAAGAGAAGGUCGCAGCAAAAUUAGAACUUGGGAGAAAAUGUGUCGGUACCAAGACGAAGUAUGGUGUGAUGUUAUUCCCGUGGAUGCUUGUCACUUGUUACUUGGUUGCCCUUGGCAAUUCGAUCAAAAGGCUAUCCAUGACAGCCAUGCCAACACUUACUCGUUUGUGAAAGAUGGUGUGAAAAUCAAGCUCACUCCUUUGAAGCCUGAAGAAACACUUGAAAAGAAGGAUGAAGACAAGGCCUUAAUCUCUAUAUCAACCUUUCAGAAGUUGCAUCGAGAAUCAGGAACAGCAUGUCUCCUGCUAUUAUGCAAAGUAAAUGAUGCCAUUUCCCCUUUUCUAGAGGAAAUCCAAUCUCUCUGUGAAGAAUUUUCUAAUGUUGUUCCUGAUGAGAUCCCUCCUGGAUUACCAUUGAUGCGAGACAUUGAGCAUGCCAUUGAUUUCAUCCCUAGAUCUGUCAUCCUAAACAAACUUGCUUAUUGGAUGAAUCCUUAGGAGCAUGUGGAACUUCAAUGACAAGUCAAAUAGCUAUUAAAGAAAGGAUUUGUCA